GUCAAGAUGAUAGAGAAACCAAAUCACCCCCGUUGUCAGGUCACAAAGACUCCAGUAAAAACAAGAUUUCAAAGCCAUCAGUAGAGAAACAAAGACAAGAGAUGCCACUGCCGCCGCCGCUGCCGCCUCCACCACCGCCACCACCGUUGUCUCCUGCUCAGAAACAAGCCAAGAUGGCCCAGAAGAGGCCAAAGAAUGAAAGCGGUGCCUGCAGCCAGCCUCCUGGUCUCAGUAUCAGCACUGCCAAGAGCAAGGAAAGCCACAAGGAUUCUUCAUCCUCCAAGCACAGGAAACUGGAGGGGAAGCCUUCCGAAAGCUCAAAAAGCAACAAAAGAUCUGCAGAUGAUGUUCCAAAUCCUUUCCCAGUGCCUUCUUUGCCAAAUGGUACCUCCAAGCCAACCAAACCUCAGGGCAAGCCGCACAAACAACAUCCAGUGGAAUUUCACUUAAACGAGGCCAAAAGGUUGAGGCACAAAGCCGACACAAUGACAGAUGACAUUGGAAAGGCCUUCAAGUACUUGGAUGCUGCCCUAUCCUUGAUUGAGUGUGGCAUUGCCAUGGAAUCUGAUCCCCUCUCACCAAAGCCAGCCUAUAGCAUGUUCGCAGAGACCAUAGACCUCAUCAAAUUCAUAAUGACAUUAAAAUACUUUGCGGACUCUUCAACAAACACGCAUGAAAAAAUCUUCAUUGUUUUUUGCAUGCGCUGCCAAGCCAUUCUGUACAUGGCAAUGUUUCGCUACAAGAAGGACACAGCAAUAAAGUAUUCCCGGACCCUUAUUGAACACUUCAAGAGUUCUUCUAGAAUUACACAAGCACCUUCUCCGUGUGUUGCCAGGAGUAUAGGCACACCGUCCCCUCUUUCCCCGAUGCCCUCUCCAGCCGGCUCUGUGAGCUCCCAGACAGGUUCCAGCGCCAGCAGCUGCGGAAGUGGAAGCAUUGGCUCCUCGGUCAACGUUCCCUCACUUUAUCCCAACCAUCACUUCUUCCUUUGUUGGCAUCACUUCUUAUAUUCUCUAUGCCUACGAUUUCUGGGAACAAGCUGAUGUUUUGGCCAGGAAGAAUAAGAAGUUUUUCUCCGAGCUCAGUGCUGCCGCCUGCCC